GAUCAGAGGAAGGGGGAGGAAGAUAUGGUCAGAGAGAGAGGGUAGGAGGAGAUAGACAGAUGCAGUAUGAGGUAGACAGACAGAGGGAGAGAGAGGUGAACACCCAGAGGGAGAGUAGAUGGUGUGUUCAAUAUAUGACUCAAACACACAUAUGCGUGAAGCUGUGGGGAAAAGACUAGUUAACGUAUAAGGUAAUCUACAAGUAAUUCAGGUAAUUAUCAGUGAGAGUAGAUUGAGUAGGUCAUCAAUAGUCAUAACUUGUUGUUAGUGUGCGUUACGUUGGUAACCUACAGUAACCUACUUGAGGGAUUAGCUCUCUUUGAAUGCAUAGAAAAUAGGUGAAUCUCGUGAUUUUUUCCAGGUAAAAUUAAAUGCAGUGCUAGAUUUGAUGAUAUGGUUUUAUUCCUUACACGUUUGUCUUUAAGAAAUCGUUUUUGUGUCCACAUCGGCAUACGCAGGAUAACUGAAAAAUAUUAAGUUCUAAUAAAAUGAUGUCGUGUUGAAACAGCUGUCGUUUUCAUCGCCCACAAAAUUGAUACAAAAGUUCCACAGAAAAUAGCAUUCUGAAGGCAUCACAGAAGAACUAGGUAUAUGGAAGAGAAUUCAGUUUAGAAUGCCGGCAUCAAAUUCCAGUCAAUUUCGUAUGUGUCGUUCUCAAGUUAUGUUUUCUGACAAUUUGAAAAAAUAGAGUUUCAAGAAUAACAUAUUUAAAGUUUUCAUUUACAUUUUUUUAGUUAAUUUAUACACACAUCUAACAGCGACCCCUAGACCAUGUAGCAGUCCUUCCAGAUUCAAAAGGAGGUCCUGCUCCACCUUCUUCAUGGCCGCAGUGGUCCUUUACAUUUUUUGUAGUUAAUUUAUACAUACGUCUAGCAGCGAUACUUGGACCAUACAGCAGUCCUUCCAGAUUCAAAAGGAGGUCCUUCUCCACCUUCUUUGUGGCCACAGUGGUCCUGCGGACCGUUUUGGCAGCUUAUGUCAUCCGCUGCUCUGCUCACUCGAUUCGCUCUUGUCCUCUUUUUGUGCUCUUUUUGUGCACAGGUUGUAACGGGCUUGAGCCGGCCGAAGUGGCCGUGCGGUUAAAGGCGCUGCAGUCUGGAACCGCAAGACCGCUACGGUCGCAGGUUCGAAUCCUGCCUCGGGCAUAGAUGUUUGUGAUGUCCUUAGGUUAGUUAGGUUUAACUAGUUCUAAGUUCUAGGGGACUAAUGACCUCAGCAGUUGCGUCCCAUAGUGCUCAGAGCCAUUUGAACCAUUUGUAACAGGCUUGUCCUAUCUCAAGUUCGAGCGCGUUGAUAAUUCCCAUAAUGCCUGUUUGAGCGUCAUUGAAAUUACAUGUCGACUGUUUUUUUUCCCGCUGUGAAUGGGUUUCGGAGACGUCUUUUCACAAAUCUCUUUGUAACUCGAUAACGGAGUUCCUGGCGAACUUGAGAUGAACACUGCCACUGCAAUAAAGUAGACAUCCCAGAGCACAUUUUGAACGAAAGAAAAAACAAAAGGUUGAAAUGUCCAAUCAACCGACGUCAACUGCUCUCAAACAAUCACGAUACUUUGGGUUACUCUAGGAGGUGUCUGCUGUAUCACGAGUAAAGCUCCGGCAUUAUUUUUCGCCUGUCGAUCAGCGUUACUGCUCGCGUCCACGCUUUCUCAAGGUAUGCGAUUUACUUACAGCGCCCUCGUUCCGAGGCACGUGCUACUUGGUGCGGACACUGAAGCUGCUGCACGGAUCAGGGUUGGCGGCAGCAGUGGCGGCCGACGCCAGUGGCCUGUCUUGCAGGGUGGGCGGCACGCUGGCGGUCGUCAUCAAUGCCCACCAAAACACCGUGGCAGCUAUCCGCCAGAUAACAGCACGUGGAGAACUUUGCGGAUCUCGAUGGAUUUUCUUCGACGACAACGCCGAGGACAUCCUCGAACAAUUUCGGCACAUUUACAUUCCGUUCAACUGCAUUUUUCGUGUGGUACAUCGCGUAGGCAGUGAAUUCCGAAUCACGGAACUUUACAAUAUAGACAGCACAUACUCAAUGCAGACAUACGAUUAUGGAAUCUGGGACAGUAAAAACAGACUUCAGGUUGCUCCCGGGAACUUGUACAGCAGGAGACGCUCCCUACACGGUCGACGUUUCUCGGCUGUUUCGUAUGCGUCUGUCAACAACGUACUGGGAGAGUACUUGUUGAAUACACUGAUGGAUGCCAUGAACAGCACGUAUGAAGUUGCAACGUUUACAGGACUCGUACCAGGAAAUCAGAAAAAGGAUAAAAGCUGGACGGGUUUGAUCGGCUUGCUGCAGCAGGGUAGCGCGGAGAUUAUAACCGAUUUGCUGACUGUAACGGCUUCGAGGAUGAAUGCAGUCGACUUUUCCUCACCAGCCAUUACAGACAAUUUUGGCCUCUUUAUCAAAGAUGAAGUUUAUACUGAUGCCAACCGGUGGAGUUUUGCGUCCCCUUUCGAAACGAAUCUGUGGUUGGCAGUAAUAGGAACAGUCUUGUUGUAUAUGAUCUGCGUGACAGUCAUGUAUUAUGCGUCUAAUGACAAUAAUCCCCAUAGUUCUGCGAAAGAAAUUCGCAUGGGAAUAUAUGCAGCGUUUUGUCUGAGAGGUUACAACGUGCAUCUGGAACGGUGGUCUCUUCGCCUCGUCUACAUGUCGGCUUUCGUCACAGCCGUAAUCCUCAACGCCGCUUACUGCGCCAGAGUUGUCUCUCACCUGGCCAAUUCGAACAGAUCUCUGCCUUUCACAAAUCUGGAAGAGGCGUACGCUUCUGGCUACGAGAUACAAGUCGUGCCCGGAACAUCUGCUGCUGAGACGUUUCAGUAUGCAUCAGAGGGAAUCCUACAAACCAUUAACAACGAGAUGAUUCAGCCAAAAUAUUUUUAUCUUCCCGUCACCAUUAACGAAGGGCUGUUGCACAUGUGCAACUGGAAGAAGACUUGUUUUGUGUCAGAGAGGAAUUCCGUACGGUGCUCGCAGCAACACCCUUGUGACGCCAUUGAAAUUUCAGUCUCGAUGUCAUCCGUCUAUUUGGGCUUUGCACUCAGAAAACAGAGCCCUUUCACACGUAUCAUCAGUUACAAAAUGGAGAAACUGCGAACGAGCGGUAUUCUGAAGAGACUUAAAUCGACGUCUUGUAAUCCAGCGCAGCCAGAUCAGGGCAGUAAUUUCAAACGAGUGCAGUUCAAAAACGCAGCACCUCUGUUAGCAAUAAUGUUCUUUGCUAUUAUUGUUUCAUUUGUACUGGUGCUAUGGGAAAGAGUAUUAUUCCGGUACACUCACAAAACACAUCAUACCUCCCACCGUAAGUUCAAAAAAUGCAGGAAGAGGGUCACACAUAUGCCUAAGUAUUUACCGUAGUCAAGGAAACUUUGAUCAUUGGCAGUGUAGUUCAUAUCAUGAGGGUAAACAUGGUUCUUUUCUUUUUGCUUGCUACCAACUACUUUCUAAGAUCUCCCUUGUUCCCACUUCUUUCUCACUAUACUCCCUUUCUCAGGAACGAUCUAUAUAUAUAUCGUUCCUGAGCCCAAUAACGCCAGACCCACGAACCACAUUCUUCACCGUCUAACUCCUCUUCUUUGCCUUGCAUAAACGACUGUCAAUUUUUCUAAUCCAUACAGUCAAAAUCAAGUUUAUAUAAAUUAAUUUAAAUUGUUAUGCAUGAUUUGGAGUAAUUCAAAUAACUUUCUUUCACAUUAAUGCUAUUGUUUUUAAGAAACAUUUAUUUUCAAAGUGUUCAUUUAAUUAACUAUUGUUUCCAAAUUGCAAUUCAUAGAUAUGUGUAAAUGUUGGCUAGUUUUACACAUUUUUGAGCUUAAUAAAGCACUCUUAAUUUUCAAUUCCUGCAGUAAUCCUUAUAUAUAAUUCAAAUUU